UGGUACAACUCUCGUCUGGUUUCGGUCGGCUUAUGUUUACUCGAAAAUAUUUCUCGCCUCUUCUAAAAUUAUAAUGCUUCAGCAUUUAAUAAAAUUAACAACUUGAAUUGAAAUAUAAUUAAAAAGUGCUGUGGUGGUUACGACUUGGGAAAACGUGUGUUAACUGGAUUGAAUUUAUUGCCGAGCUGUCAAAGAAACCGCGCUCCUCGUUUGCGAGCCCUACGAGUUGUGAGAAGAAACGGAAUAAUUCUUCCCGUUGAAAACGAGAGUACACGAAUGGUGUGACUGAAGCUGAAAUCUGUAUUUUUUGACCGGCGUGAGUGUGAACGCCGGUUUUUAAAAAAGUGAAAAAGGCGCGGCAAUUUUGAAUGACUUUUGGAAAAAAAUGAGCUGAGUGAGACUAUUAUAACUCGUUUGAGCCUGAGGAUCUCUUUACGGCUCGUCGACAAUUCUUGAUCGACACGUGGUUAGCAGGAUGCUGCUCAAAUUGGCAGUGUUGUUACUGACCCUGCAACAAUGUACGGGGUACUUCAAUUUUUACCUCGAGAAGCCGGAAGUCCUCACACUUAUGGGACUUCAGGCACAGCUGUUUUACGUGACUGAUGGUCAAAUUAACGAAUACGCCAUGAAGUUUGUUGUCCCUGUACCUGCGCAUGUUCCAGAGUUACACUUCACUUGGCAGAACCUCAUUGGCAAUCCGCUGUCAUACGAGAUUGAGGUGGAAGUAAACGACCCAUCAGUUUUAAGUGAAACAAUGAAUAUAACAAGUAGCGGAAAAAUUCCAGCUGGACCUCCGCAAACGUGGGCAAUGACGUUUCAUUGCGCACCUUAUGAUGCAGAAACGGAUGUAAUGAUUCGUGUAAAUGUUUUUGCAACACCAAAAAACAAAACCGUUUUGGAAUUCAAGAGAAGAAAAAUCUGUUUAGUGAACAAAACACUGGAACUUGAAAAUAAGCGACAAGAGGUUCUAGUGGCAGCUUCCGGUACUAAUGCAGGAGGCCAAGUUUUUUAUGCCGCCAUUGGAUGUGCCUGUGCCUUUGUUGCUGCCAUUUGUGUACUUGUUGUGGCUUACUACGUAAGAGACAAGAAAUCUAGACGGCACAGAGAUCCUCUUCAGGAAUCCAGAGGAUUAAGUUCGGCUUGCAGUGUGGAAAGGGGGACAGGAGUGGGACCUGCACAAACAUUUUUAUCCCCGGAAACGCCACCUCCGCCGUCUACAGCUUCCGUAUCGACUUACAGAAGACUCGAUGAACGACCGACUCGAGAACUCUACGAGCGGAUUCAUGAAAUGACUGUUGAAAGAUGUAGAGUGCGCCUCCUCAGUAUUGAAAUGGAAGGGACAUUUGGUCGCGUUUAUAAAGGUAGUUAUCACGAGGAAGGCACAACAACACCAAGGGACGUUUUGGUGAAAACUGCUGCAGAACACGCAUCAGUCUCACAGGUGACUGUUCUCUUGAAAGAGAGUAUGAACUUUUACAGACUGAGCCAUCCGACAGUUUUGACAGUUUUGGGAGUGUCAAUUGAAGAGAGGGGUGCACCUUUCGUUCUCUAUCCCUACACGGGUUAUAGAAAUAUGAAGAAGUUUUUGCUGAGGUGUAAAAUGAGUAGCGAAGGACCUUCGAGAGCUCUCACCACACAGGAGGUGGUCGAAAUGGCCCUCCAAGCAGCAAAGGGUGCUCAGUAUCUUCAUAGAAAGAAGUUCAUUCAUAGAGACAUUGCCGCCAGAAAUUAUGUUGUCGAUGAAAAUUUGAGGGUGCAGAUCACAGACAACGCUUUAGCGAGAGAUCUCUUUCCUCAAGAUUACCACUGUCUGGGUGACAACGAGAAUCGACCAAUCAAAUGGCUUGCAAUUGAAAGUCUUCUGAGUGAUUCAUUUAGCUCAGCUUCUGAUGUGUGGGCCUUUGGUGUCCUACUUUGGGAGCUAACCACCUUAGCUCAGCAGCCCUACGUAGAAGUAGAUCCCUUCGAAAUGGCCUCGUACCUCCGGGACGGUUACCGAUUAGCUCAACCAAUCAACUGCCCCGACGAAUUAUUUGCAGUGAUGGCCUAUUGCUGGGCCAUGUCACCUGACGAGAGACCCACCUUUAGUCAACUGAUCAUGUGUCUUCAGGACUUCCACGCCCAAUUAACGCAAUACGUUUGAAAUCUUUCAUUUUUCUCAACGAGCUUUCAUAACUCCAGACUUUAUACAGAUUAAUUUUUAAGAGUUUUUGUACAUACGUAUACAUAUAGAGAGUACUUAUCUUCCAGAACUUAUGUUCUAGAACUUAUCUUCCAGAACUUAUGUUCUAGAACUUAUAUUCUAGAACUUAUAUUCUAGAAUUGAACUUCCAGAACUUAUAUUCUAGAAUUGAACUUCCAGAACUUAUGUUCUAGAAUUUAACGCACAGAACUUAACUUCCAGAACGUAUGUUUAAAAAUUUUAGUUCCUGAACUUAUGUUCUAGAAUUUAACUUCCAGAACUUAUGUUCUAGAAUCUAAAUGACAGAAAUUAACUUUCAGAACGUAUGUUCUAAAAUUUAACUUCCAGAACUUAUAUUAUAGAAUUUAACUUACAGAACUUUUGUUCUAGAAUUUAACUUCCAGAACGUAUGUUCUAGAACUUAUGUUCAAGAAUUCAACUUCCAGAACUUAUGUUCUAGAAUUUAACUUACAGAACUUAACUUCCAGAAUGUAUGUUGUAGAAUUUAACUUCCAGAACUUAUGUUCUAGAAUUUAACUUCCAGAAUUUAUGUUCUAGAAUUUAACUUCCAGAACUGAUGUUCUACAAUUUAACUUAAAAAAUUUAUGUUCUAGAACUUAUGUUCCAGAACGUAUCUUCCAGAACUUAUGUUCCAGAACUGACCGUUAUAUAUUGCAAACCUAGACUGAAAGACAAUUGUCUUAAUAUUGAGACUCAAACUGAAAGGUGUUGAAGUUUAUCUUAAAGCAAGUUUUUUACAAGUGCUCAGCUCUCUUAAAAUCGGUGAAAAUUCACCGAGAAUUAGUCAUUUUCACUAACGAAAUCAGUCAUUUUUGAACAAUGUAAACUGUAAAUUUUAAUAAAUGAAGCUGGUAUUUUGAAUUGUGUAAUCAGUAAAUUUCGAUAAUUAAAUCUUUUUUUAAAUGAAUUAAACAGUAACUUUCACUAAUUAAAUCAGUCAUCUUUUUGUGAGCGUACUUCAUUUUUUA